CACACGUUUUUAUUUUUAUUUACUUUCGUGCAGUUGCUUAAAAAAAAUUGAAAUUAAAAUGUCUUUAAAAUUAUUAAAACAAAGUGUCGAUAUAAUUGAAGAAGAUCUUAAACAAACAAAAACUAAAAAAGGUAAACAAACUUCGAAUGCAAACAACAAAAAUUAUAAAACUCAAAACAAAACUAUUGCGGUGGAACAUUUUUCCAAGAAGCACAAAAAGAGCAUUCAAGAUGUGAAGCACGAAUUGAAGUCUUCCAAUAAAAAAACAGAGGAAAAUAUAAAACGACUUUUGGCUUUGUCCAUGAACACGGUUAAAGCGAAGGAUGCUGAAAAGAUAGUUCAGCGAGCUCAUAAAGGACGUUAUGUGGAGAAAAUUAUACCAAAAGUUAAGCAGGAGUCUAUAUUCACAGAAGAAGACUUCCGUAAAUUUGAAGAAGAAUAUUUUAAGUCAUAGUUUUAUCAUUUUUAAUAAUUUAUUAGAUUUCGUUAGUAAUGUGGUAAUAUGUAUUGUAGAAAUACAUUUUUUAAUAAAAAUAAGGUAUGUACUUUAA